AUGGUAUUUGGUUUAGGUAAAUCAAAAAAGAAAAAUAAUGCAGACACCACUUCUAAUAAUAGCAACGACAAUAAUUCCAAUAAAACACAUAGCAUCUCUGAAUCCGAGUCUCAUAACUAUGAUGCUAAUACAAUGGACAAUAAAAAACAACAAAGAAAAGAUUAUGAAGAACAUGCACAACUAAAAUAUAUCUCAAAAUACCAAGAUAAUGAAAAAGAUAAUGAUGACAUUUCUGAAGAAAAAACUAUUGCUUCCAGUUCCAUAUUUACAAGAAGUAAACUAACGUAUGGAACAGGUGGCUCAUCCAUGUUUAGUGGGAGCUUUAGAAGUAAAGGUAGUAAAAAUGCAAAACUGAAGUAUAAUCCGGAUUUAUCAUAUUCAGGUAUGAGCGGUAGCAACACCAAUAAUAGUGGGGGUGGUUCUGGCAUGGGUUUGGGCACAUCCUUGGAUACUAAUAUCAAGAAGGAACAUAAACUCAAUAACAUGACCAUAAAUGAAGAAGAUGAAGAAUAUGAUGAUUCGGAUGGUUUAUAUCCAGAUACCGUGGGUAAACCAUUAAGGGUUAUAGCGCCUAUUUCACUCAAUCCAGUAAUGGAAGAUCGCGAUAUUGAAAGUUUGUCACACAACUACUCCUCUUUUUCUCUACAUCAUGAUGAGGAUCGCCAUAAUAAUGAUAAAAAUCUUUACUUGGAAGGUAGCCAAUUACACAAAAAUGAAAAACAACCCCCACUUAGUAGUUCUCCGUUUGAUAAUUUGGAUUCUAAAGAAACAUUUGCAGCCCACCGUUACCAUCAUGGUCACCAUGAUCAAUAUCUCUCCCAAUUAAGAAGAAGCUCGUUUGAGCAAACUUUGACUGCUGAGCAAGUGGAAAAUGAAUUGCGUAUUUUAAAUGAAAAUUUGGUGUCAGUUAUUGAUGAUGUUCACCAAAACGUUACCAACAUAUCCAAGGCUGUCAUACAAGCCAUUGAAUUUUUAAAGAAGUUUCUACCCAAUACUAAUUCUAUUCCCUUUAAGGUCACCAUUGCUAAAAACAGUUCUGUAAGGAGCAUUAUAAAGGUUGUUUUGCAUUUUGUUGAUAAUUUGUUAUCCUCUGAUGUUUACAACAAUUCUAGAGCUAUAUUAAUUAGGAAAUUCACUGAGUUUUUGAUGAAAAUAAAUAUCAAUUAUACAGAUAACAAUAGUGAUAAUGAAGAUGGUUUUUCUGACGAAUUAGAUCCCGACGAAGUUGAAUAUGAAGAUCAAUUGUUACUACCAUGCAUGAAAAACUUUUGUAUUGAUCAUAACUGCAAUUGGCCCAACAAGGAAAAAAUAUCCAAAAUUAUAGAUGAAAUAGCGAAAAGUGAUCCAUCCUCAAUAUCAGACCAGGAUGGUGCAUUUAUUGCGCCCGUCCUCAGAGGUUUAAACAGGAAAUCUACGAUUUUGACUGUUAUGUUUGGAUUACCUAACUUGCAGCAAGAACAUUUUGAAAUGAUAAAAGGGUUAUAUUCCCUAUUCCCAGACGUCCAUUUUUACUGUGUUAAAGAUUAUAUCAAACCAUGCAGCGCUAUUGGAGGAGACAUGGCUCAACGGCCUACCUCGAUUUUUCCUCAGCCAUCAUCUACUAAUAUGGAUCCACCGAUAUCACCACAGCCCGUUCAAUAUUUUAGACCACCAUAUAGAGUUCCUACAGAUCCAUAUUCGCCACCAAUUGCAUUAUCUCUGUCCACCUUUGAUAGCACCAAAAUAACAGGUACUUUAGGUGGUUAUUUAUUCCCACAGAUUGAUCCUACUGACACAAAGUUUGCUACCUUUGCAGAUUCCACCUUUGCUAUCACCUGUGCGCAUGUUGUAUUGGCUGAAAAUCAAGAUUACCCCUAUAUCAGUGUCCCGUCUAAAGUAUUGCAAUCCUCUUACAAAAAAACAUUGAUGGAAGAAGCUUUGAGAUAUGCUAAAGAUAGUCUUGAAAGAAGAUCAUUUGAAGAAGAAGCUCAAAGAGUAGAAAGUGUGUUGCAAGAACAAGCAAAGAAUAAAUUUGGUCAAGUUGUUUGGGGGGAAAGGUCAAUCGUGGAAAAUAAAUUAUCUGAUUUUGCUAUUAUCAAAUUAAAUUCAAAAUUCCAAGGCAAUAACUAUCUAGGUGACGAUUUAAAUAAUUUGCCAGAUGCCACUUUGAGAUUUAAAAAUCUAGAAGUUAUUGAAAAAAUAAUGAGAUUACAGUCAGGUAUGAAAGUUUUUAAGAUUGGCUCAACGACUAAUUAUACCUCUGGCAGAAUUAAUGGCAGUAAGUUAGUGUUUUGGGCAAAUGGUAAAAUUCAAAGUAGUGAAUUUGUUAUUGCCUCGACUUCGAAUCCUUUAUUCGCUACGGGCGGAGAUUCAGGUGCCUGGAUUUUAAGUAAGUUGGGUAAAAAUAAGCUGGGUUUAGGUGUAGUUGGUAUGCUACACUCGUAUGAUGGUGAACAAAAACAAUUUGGUUUAUUUAGUUCUAUCUGUGAUAUUUUAGAUAGACUACACACUAUAACAGGUGUUUUGUGGGAUAUUGCGCCACUUGAAGGUAAUACUACUUUUUCCAAGACGAAAAAAUAA